AUGAGUCAGAGGGAAGUUGGGAAACUCUAUGACUUACCUCCAUUAUCAGCGUUAUUCUUGACUCAUUUUGACGAUAUCAAAGGGCAAAGUGUGAUUUACUACAAAUCUUCAUUUCCUAAUCUAUCUUCAGAUAAUAUAGAACAUUCUUCUUUACCAUCCGGUUUACAUACAACUUCAGAAGAUGUAGUUUUUUUCUCUCAUCAUAACUUACCAUCUGUGGGUUUGUUCAGAAGUAGAGAUACUUCUUCUGUUUCUGGUCAAGUGGGUAGAGGAAGGAGGAUGGCUACUUUAGGUGUUGUUCUUUGUCAGUUUACUCCGGAAGAUACCUUCUCUCUUCCUGAAACCCUCCAGAAAAUCUAUGAUCAUCUCGAGUCUGAAGAUUUCUUACAAAACGCUCCGAAGAUAUUGGAUGAAAUUUGGGACAGUCUACCAUCUUCAUCUACCACUCCAGACCUUGGUCAAUCCCCUUCGUGGGAGAUAGCGGGAAACGAAGCUGUGGAAAGGAAAGGAGCUUCGGCUAGACAUCCUGUGGCUUAUAUGAGCGCUGUGGUAGCUUCUUUAGGACCGAGCGUGAUAACUGUGUAUAAAGCGGCAUUAGCUGGAAGACGGAUAUUACUCUACUCACCCCCACCCUUACUCCCCUUGAGUGCUUUCGCGUGGUGUAUAUGGGCCAUGUCCCUUCCACCUCCACAAGCAGAAGUGAAAAGCUCCACCUGGAUAGGUCAUAUAGGAUUGAUGGAUCUCACUAGUGUGACUUCUCGUAAAGACGGCUGGAUUGCUACAACAUCCGAUGCAAUCUAUCGUUCUCAUCCCAAUUCUUACGACCUCUUCCUCGAUCUUUCCCCACUACAUCUCCGUCCCGUGAUCCCUUCCCUUUCUCCUCCUUUUCUUACUGACGAAGAAACAUUUUCCGACCCACGUAUUUUCUCCUCUCUCACUUCUCCUAAUAUCCCAACUGAGAUCACCUACUCUUUCUCCGAUGUACCACUCUAUAAAUCCCUUUUAUCCCCUCCUGGUCUCUCCCAAAACCUCACAACAGCCUUAGACGUGGGUGUGAACAAACGAAGAUGGUGGUUAGUUUUCUACGACGUAGUCUCUGGUCUUUGGACCGUCUGUAGAGGUGUAUGUGAUUACGCGUUAGCUUUAAAUCUCGUCAGACCUGUCAGACUUGAUGAAGGUGAAGAAGAUGCUCAGGAAAUAGGAGAAAAUGUUCCAUUGUUAAGAAAUGAUCCAACCCAUAUAGACUCUGAUGAAGUAGGUGGAGAUGAGGGAGUGGAAGGAGUUGGAGAUGGAGAUGGAGAGGAAGAAAUGGAAGAAAUGAUGGAAGAAGAAGAAUCGGUCAAAGUGGGUAGACACAUGUUGAGAGUUUUGUUUCAUAAUACUCAUCAUUUAUACGAACAAUUGAGGAUUGUAGCUUCUCGAUCACCAGGUAGAGGAUUAGGAGAAGAAGAAAUUAAAUCGUUGAGUGGUAGAUGGGCCAGAGCGGAUGAUAAAGCUUGGUGGAUGGCUUUAUCAAUUACUUGGGGAUUUGAUCAACCUUCAUGA